AUGUCGGAAAAAACGAAAAACAUGAGCCACGUCAAACAUAUUCCCAAAGAUGCUCAAGUCAUCAUGUCAAUCAUGAAAGACAUGGGAAUAACAGAUUAUGAACCCAAGGUGAUCAAUCAACUGUUGGAAUUUACAUAUCGAUAUGUUACAUGUAUAUUGGAUGACAGCAAAGUAUAUGCCAAUCAUGCCAAAAAGAAAUUCAUUGACCUAGAUGACGUUAGAUUGGCGGUCAAGAUGCAGCUGGAACGUUCAUUCACAAAUCCACCGCCCAGAGAUGUUCUAUUGGAUGUGGCACGAACCAAGAACAAUAUUCCGCUGCCUUUUGUCAAACCAAACAAUGGUCUCAGAUUACCACCAGAUCGAUAUUGCUUAAAUGCACCGAAUUAUAGACUUAAAAAUGCGACGAAGAAGGUUGUUCAGAAAUCUGGACACUCUUUGGUAGGCAAUAAUCAAUCUGGUGGACAGCCAAGAUCAAAAAUAGAGGGAAAUAAGACUAGUGUGUCGAUUGUUAAAAGACCUGGCACACUUGCCACUGUUGCAAGAACACAAACUAUUUCUAUACCGAAACCUGUUUUAAAAUUUUCCACAGCGGCAACAAAUACUACAUCGGUAAAAACACAAGUAACGAAACCGAAGAUACAGAUUACUUCCAAUCAAUCAUUGUCGACCGUGAAAAUGGAAACCGAUGAAUCAUUGAAAAGAAAACGAGAGGAAGAGGAUUACGAUAUGUCAUAAUUUUAAGUUCUGAGUGCUAUUCUGUUUAAUUAUUAAUAUUCUCUAACAUUCUGUAAUAAUUCUAUAAUCCGUUCUUUGUUAAAA